GACAAGAUGGGCGGGGCUAAGCACGAAGCUGGGAUGGUGAUGAAGAUGCUGAUACCAAGAGACGCAUUGUUCUUUAGUCGGUGGGAGCUGCAAGGUGUGUGAUUGGAGCAUAAAAAGAUGUACUGCAGGUCUAUUUGCUUCCAGCGAUGGUCGUGUGAGGAGAGACUUGACGGUCAAACGGUCAUCAUUACCGGAGCAAAUACUGGCAUCGGCAAGGAGACUGCCCGGGACCUGGCAGCAAGAGGCGCCCGCAUCAUCAUGGCGUGCAGGGAUCUGGAACGGGCAGAAGAGGCGAGAUUGGACAUUUUGGAAGACACUGGCAAUGAGAAUGUGGUGAUUAGGAAGCUGGAUCUAUCGGACAGUCGGUCCAUUAGAGCCUUUGCAGAGCUCAUCAACAAAGAGGAGAAAAAAGUGAAUAUUCUGAUAAACAACGCGGGCAUCAUGAUGUGCCCGUACUCCAAGACUGCUGACGGCUUUGAAAUGCAGUUUGGAGUCAAUCAUUUGGGUCACUUCCUGUUGACUUACCUGCUGCUGGACUUGAUCAAGUGGUCAGCUCCGGCUCGGAUUGUCGUGGUGGCGUCGGUGGCUCACACCUGGACCGGCAUCCAACUGGAAGACCUCAACAGCGAGAGCAGCUACGACACCAUGAAAGCCUACGGACAGAGCAAACUGGCCAAUGUCCUCUUUGCACGAGCCCUCGCCAAAAAGCUAGAAGGAACUGGGGUGAGCGUGUUCUCCCUACACCCGGGUGUGGUGCAGUCCGACCUGUGGAGACACCAGCACCAGUGUAUCCAGGUGGCUGUGAAGAUCUUCAGGAUUUUCACCAAGACGACGGUGGAGGGGGCUCAGACCACCAUCUUCUGCGCCGUGCAGCCUGGCCUGGAGAGUCAGAGUGGUGGCUACUUCAGCGAUUGCGCCCCUGCGAGGUGCUCCAGAACGGCCUCUGAUGACGAUGUGGCCCAGAAGCUGUGGGACAGAAGCUGCAACAUGCUUGGCAUCACCUGGCAGUGAAUUGCAUACAGGAAAAAAGGACUGUUAACCAUAACAAAGGCAUCAUUCAAACAGCAUUAUAGAGGCAUUAAUAUUACUUUAGCUAUGCUACUUUGUUGUCACUAGUGUUCUACAUUUGGUGUCUUAAAUUAUUUUUCUCUCCUCA